UGAAACGAACAAUCUUACCGCAGGUGUCGCUUCUAGAUUGUUCCUGGUGUUAGCUGUUAGCGGCAGUGAGCCUAAAGGAAGGCGGAAUAAUGUUCCGACCCCAACGCUUUUUCGAAUAGAGCGGCGAUGAGACUGGUAUUUGAGGGGCUCCGGCGGGGGACGAGGUCAGUCUACGGAAGUCCGUUUCCCCGCCUAAAAAUGCUGGGUUCUCAAGGUGAUAGAGCCGCUGCAAGACUUAACCUCCUUCUUCCUCAUCUCCAAAGCGGGCGUAAUAUGGCGACUCAGACUACAGACUUCCAUCAACAACCUCACAAGUUACUUUUAAUCCCUGGACCUAUUGAGGUCACUGACGAUGUUCUUUUCGCAAAUGCACACCCUUCCAUGUCGCAUGUUGCGCCCGAAUUCAUCCCUGUUUUCGGCGAUUGCAUUAGGAUGACACGCAAGGUGCUCCUUACAUCGGACGGCCAGCCUUUCUUGAUAGCAGGAAGUGGUACAUUGGGUUGGGAUCAAGUCGCGUCAAACCUCGUUGAACCCGGAGAGCAUGCUCUGGUCCUUAACAGCGGGUACUUUGGUGAUAGCUUUGCCGACUGUCUAACUGUUUACGGUGCCAACGUCGAUCAAAUCAAAGCUCAAGUCGGCGAUGCCGUAGCAGUAUCUGAUAUCGAGAAGGCUCUGAAGACUAAGAAGUAUAAAGUGGUGACAGUCACCCACGUCGACACUUCGACUGGCGUUGUAUCGGAUAUCAAGGCAGUGGCUUCACUCGUCAGACGGCUUUCGCCUGAGACAAUGGUGAUAGUAGAUGGCGUAUGUUCAGUCGCUAGCGAGGAGAUUCGGUUCGACGAAUGGGACCUAGAUGUUGUCCUAACAGGCAGUCAAAAAGGUCUCGGUGUUCCUCCUGGACUAAGCAUUCUUGUUGCUAGCACCAGAGCUCUGAAGGUCUGUGAAUCUCGUCAGAAGCCCAUCACUUCUUAUUAUGCGAACUGGAAAAAAUGGCUCCCCAUAAUGAAGGCAUACGAAGCAGGCAAUCCUUCGUACUUUGCCACACCUCCGGUCAACCUGAUCUACGCGUACAAUGCCUCGCUCAAAGCCAUCACUGAGUCAUCCCCCUCGAUUGAAGACAGAUUCAGGAUUCAUAGAGAAGCCAGCAAGAGAUUCAAGGAUGCCGCGAAAGGCCUUGGCUUGAAAGAAGUACCUUUACGGCCAGAGGUCGCGGCGAACGGCAUGACUGCAUUGUACUUCCCUGAUGGACUCGGCGCGGCUGAUAUUCUCCCUCGCCUCGUUAAGCGUGGUAUUGUUGUUGCGGGCGGUCUGCAUGCCAGUAUCAAAGACAAGUACUUCCGUAUAGGCCAUAUGGGAAUCUCGGCUGUUGACACUGAGCGGGGUGAUAUCGAGAAGGUGAUUUCAUCACUCAAAGAGGCUCUCGCGGAAGCGAAGGCAGCGAAAUAGAUUCAUACGACACCGUAAUACAAGUUCUGUAUCUAAAAGAGAUGUGUACUACAUAUACAAGUAAUAUUGUUUCUUGAUAUAUUGAUGUUUCGUG